AUGACGACUGCUGGUGCCGCUAUCGGUGCCAGCCCUCUGCCACCCGCUCCGGGAAUGUCCGCCACCGUCGACUUCAACGAGUAUCUGGAUUACGACGAAGAAGGCUUCGGGGCCUCGAGUCCGUUGCCAAAUUUCGAUCUCUCCAACCCCGAUACCCUCAAACUCUUCGAGUCAUCGCAAUCAAUACACGAGACCAAGGUCCUAGAGCCGCAAACCACCCUCCUAGCCAACAGCACCGUCGCCGCAGCAUCACCAGACUCCCUCGUCGACUCAUUCCGAGACUCAUCGUCCGACUCCGCCUCCUCGAAAAGGACCGGUAGCUCCGCCUCCGGAAAGACUGGCUUGACAGUGGGCGACGUGAUGAUGACAGAUGGAGCCGAUAUCAAGCCUGACUGGGACUCCUCGGCGGCCUUCGUCGGCCGCCCUGAGGAUAGUGUCUUCCUCUUCGGCGCGAAUACCGACGCGACACUGCCCGACGGCCUCGAUUUGAACGACGACAAGUUCAUGGACGAGUCUUUCGACUUCGAGAGCGCAUCCAGCAGCCCCAACACAGCCGCCGCCGUCAACAUGGAAUCGCCAGAAAUGCCCACCAUUCACGCAAAUGGCCCACAAAAGGCUCCCGCCCUAAACAAUACCAGAACCGCAGCUCAUGGCAAGAGGAGUUCACAAUAUUCCAUUUCACAGCCCAUGAACGGACUAAAAAUGACCAACUCGAGAGAGUGCUCGCCAAUGUCUCAGAACAUGAUAACGAGCCAUGAGGCUUCCCCCUCGGCCUUCUUCACCAGCUCACCUUCGCCAAGCGCCCCCCCGGACUUUUCGAAUGCCACCAUGAACGCGAUGAACCCCAAUGGAUUUUGGCCGGCGAAACUGGACCCGACAGCGCAUCAGAUGGUGCACAACAUGUCCCUGCAACCGCAGUUUCACUCACACGAUGGCCUCCCCGUCACUAUGCCUCAGCAAAUGCCAAUAUUCACCCAGCCAAAUUACGAAUUUCUCAACCGUGGUUGCCGGUUGACGAUUCAUCCGACACCGACCAAGUCCCGCGUCGAGACGCAAAUUCCUAUCAAAAUGACUCUGUUCCCACUCCCUCCCGGCAUUAAGCGCCUACACCUUCCCACGCAUACCAUUUCGAAGCCGAAGCUGCUAGCGAAGCCGCCAGCUGAGCGUUCUCCCGACACUCUGGAACUCUACACCAUGCUAGUUUGCACUAGCGCGAUGCAAAACGAUGACAACAAGCGCAAGGCCUUCCAGCGCGCCGCAGCCGCCACCCACAGCCCUGUCAUGAACGCCCGGUCUGCUAGUGAUGACGACGACGAGGAGAACAAACCGCAAAACGGCGGCGAAGUUCGUAUCUGCGCCGGCUGCAUCACACGUGAGCGAAAGCGGGCGGCAAGGAAAAAGAUCAAGAAGGUUGAAGAGGAAGAGAUGUGGAACAGGGACGAAACGAGACGCGUGAUCGUUUUCAAUACACAGGAAAUUAAAGAGUGGCAGACGCCCAACGGCGUUGUAUCGGACUCGACAGUUACAGGACGGCCGGAGCCGGUAGCUCCUCCUGGAGCGAUGCAAGUAGACGCGCCGAUGAGGAUUGCCUGUUACUGCCGACACCACGCAGAGAAGCUGGGUUUUCAGGUUAUCUUCACCAUCAAGGACUGGCAAGACCGUGUUGUCGCACAGGAGAUGUCCCAGUCUAUCAUGAUCACCGACGACCACAAGACGCACCCGAUUCCCCAGCAGCUAAAUCCCCCGGCGACACAGAGCUCGGAAAACAACCUCGUGCCUAUGAUGAGCACGCCCUUAGACACAAGCCCCCUUAACUCAGGAGGUGCCCCUUUCCGGUUGUCACACUCUAGCUCCGAUCUGCAGAGUCUGCACCGCAACGCUGCUCCGGCCCCAUCCUUCCCUGUCUCGAACCCUCCGAACAAGAUCCCGGCCCCUACGCCUCCAACAACGGCCGCUCGCUCCUUGUCACGGCCGCCUUCUCCGAGCUCACACUCAGGCCCGAUAACAAAGAAGCGCAAGGCUAGCGGGUCAAGGGUGCCCAUCGGCAUGGCGAUGACUCGUUUGGAUACGACACCUCCGCCGUCGCAAAUGCCCGGGAACCCAAUACCUUCUGCCCCGUCUGCCUCGACAUCACCCUUCACCCCCAAUCUCACCAGCUUCCACACUCCUCCCGAUGCGGUGUUCCAAAACGGAGCUGCCUCAGGUAUGCCUCAGCCGUUCGCUACCGGACCGCCCACCCCCAACAGCAACGACCAGACAAUGUUCACCAACGCCAAUCGGUCCGCCAGUAUGGAGAACGUGGCGAUGCCCAUGUUCUCUGCGCCCGCGUCGGCCCACCAGAGCCGCGCACCAAGCCCCAACAGACUGCCGAACGGAGUGAACGCUGUGUCACAGAACCAGUUCAACGCCAUGUCGUACCUGCCCACGAACGUCGCCCCUGCACGACCGCAACCGACCAUUCACAAGAUCAUUCCCAACGAAGGACCGAAAUCCGGCGGCAUCGAAGUUACGAUUCUCGGUGCAAGCUUUUACCAGGGCCUGGAGGUAUUGUUUGGAGAUCAGAAGGCUACAACUACCACCUUCUGGGGCGAGUCUUCUCUAGUGUGCCUCUUGCCCCCCUCGCCCGUUUCUGGGCCUGUUGUGGUCACAUUCAAGCAGAGCCAAACGCAGACUGGACAGCCAUUCCCGGCCCUUUCCAAACAGAACCAGAUGUUCAAGUAUGUCGACGACGACGAGGAGAAACUCAUCCGCACGGCACUCUCGAUUCUCGGUCACAAGAUGUCGGGUCAAAUGGUUGACGUCAAGGAGCUCGCUCAGCGCAUCAUUGGCCAGGGCGACUCAAGCUGGGGAGCUGCAGGCCCUUCUGGCAACGCGGGCGCCUUCGGCGGAAGCACCUUCAACAUGAGCACUGAAUCACAGCUUCUAAAGUGCCUCGAGUUGAUUGAUCUGGAUGAUAACCCGAGAAUGUCGCGUCUGGACUUGAGGAGGUCUACGGGACAAACAAUGCUGCAUAUGGGCUGUGCCCUGGGUUACCACCGUUUCGUCGCUGGUCUGCUCGCGCGUGGUGCCAACCCGGAUCUGCGAGACAAGGGUGGCUUCACUCCGAUGCACCUGGCGGCCUUGAAUGACCACGAGUCGAUCGUUCGGAGGCUGAUGCAGGCGGGCGCUGAUCCUACGAUCCGAAGCCUUUCGGGUCUGCGGCCGGCUGAUGUUGCCCGGUCACGCAAGGUGAUUGAGCACAUUCGUCGUUGCGAACGCCAUAUUCGAUCCCGCAGCGGCGGCUCUCUGCACAGCAGAGCCAGCAGCGCCGCGUCGCUCAGAUCCCUAUGGGAUCCUCUGGGCAUGUCCAGCGAAUCCGAGUCAAUAGAUGAUGGCGAGGAGAGCCCUGAGUACUCAUCUGGGGAUUUUGAAGACGAGGAAGAAGAGGAGGACACCUGGCUCGAUAUGCGUCGUCGCUCUAGCGGCCAUGCAUUCACACCUCGUCCAGACCGGCAAGCCCUGCAGCGAGGGCACGAUGAAGUGCAACCGGGACUCGCAUCGCCCACGACCGCUAUAGCGUCGGCUGUCAGAGACCAGUUCGCUGCUCAGAUCCAGCAGUUCCAGCAAGCAAUGACGAUGCACUUCAACAAUCUACCUCAAAUGCCAGCUCUGCCGAGGAUGCCUAUGUUGCCCGACUAUCAGGCCUAUCUCCAGCAGAACCCUCUAAUGGGCAGAGUUACGUCCUUGAUGCCUGGCAUGUCUGGUUCAAGGCCCGGCUCUGCAGACGACGAAAACCCGAGACAGAUGGAUGGACGUUGGUGGGAUCUUUCGUCUUUUAGGAACAACAACAACAACUCUGCCCCGCCCCCGGCGUACGAUGAGAUCUUCCCGCAAGAGGAGCUUGACAGGAAGCAAGCGGCAGCCCUUGGCGCCGCCGCCGACGCUGCUGCCGAUAUCAAGUGUGCAUCCCUGUACGACACUCAGACAACCGAGACUGUUGAGGCAUCAUCAAGCACGGCACCAGUGCCCAGCGUACUCAAGAUUGGACGAAAGAGUGCCAUCACCAAAGAGCAGCAACAGAACUUCCUCCGAGCCCGCGAGGCCAAGUUCAAGGGAAUGCGUAGCGACAAGAAUUUGUGGUUUAUUUGGAUUCCACUCCUCACCUGUAUACUGGGUGCCAUGCUGUACAGCCGAUUCCCCCAGUACUUUACCAUGGCCUUUGCCAUGCUUCGAUCUGUUAUGAAACUCGACCAGGUCCCGAACACUGUCAGGAACGUUCAGGACCGCGUCGUCGAGGUCCUUUAA